AUGGUGGAUCCGCACAGGGCUGGCCGAAGAGGCAAAAGGCGAGACAAAGAGGUUGAGGGCAAGCAACAAAGAGCUGGCCAGUCAGAUGGGCGAUGCGAGUCGGGGCACCGCCGGGCAGGGCUCGCAGCUCGCCCGCUGAUCGGUCCAGCAGGCGCUCUCUCGUGGGCAAUGGCGAUUCGGCACAGCGCGACGCCAGAGCGGCAGGGCGAUGCGUUGCGGCAAUGGAUUGGAGGUUCGUGGAUGCGGAUGCGGGACGUGGAUGCAGAUGCCGGCCACGAGAUGGUGUUUGGCGAUCGGUACCAGCACGAGCUGUGGGCGGCGGGCGGCAGCGCAAGUACCGCUGCUCAGGCCAUACACGAGCUGCUCCUAAGGCUGGUUUGGGGUUUGGGGGAAGCUGAUGCGGUGGAUACAGAGUGCUCACUCCUCAGUGUUGUGUCGGGGAAGGAUUCCAAGCUCUAUGUCAUUUGCAUUUGA